AUGAGGCUGACUCGCAAGGCCCUGAGCCCUCCGACCACCGACGAGCAAGUACUACCUAAAGUGGAUCCCGGCGACGAGCUCAGGCUCGAUCGCGACGUUCUCGCCUAUAUCAACCCACCUUCCCCCUCCUCGCUUUCCUUACCUACCUUUCCCCCACACCACACCCACCGCACUCCCCACCCCCCACUUUCCACCCCGUUCACUAUGUUCUCUUCUUUCACUCUGUUCUCCGCCAAGUCCUCUGCGCGCCGGUCGCCCAUUGUGACGAAGCUCGACAAGUCCUCGAUUUCUUUCCCUCGCCCCUAUGACUGGCCCGAGUUCGUCCCUGCUACGCCCGUGCCCCAGCCCGCCCUGCCCCGUGUGGAGAUCGACUAUGCCCCCGCCUUCGGUUACCAGUCCCUGGGGUGCAAGCUUCUUUCUCUCGAGGACGCGCAGGGGCAUGUGGAGAUUGUUCAGCGUUCGAUCCGUCCCCGUGUUUGA